UAGCGAACUGUUUGGUUAGCCUUAUGGAGGACGUCCAAAUUUAGCGAUAUGGUUGAAAGUAGAAAUGGUAACCAUACGUUGAUUUUCCGUGAUUGUGACUAGGGACAGGUUGUAACAUAUACUUGUGUUCUCUUUUAAUGGAAUAGGUAGCGAAUAAAUGGAUUAACCGUGCUGGGAAGAUUGUUUGUGCGUUUUUGGAACUUAUAAUAUUGGUCAUCAGCAUAUAUGGAUGUGUGAUAUUUGAGGUGGAGAGAAGGACAUAAACAUGGUCUACACGACAAAGUACACCAAGUUGUUAUGGACAGCAACCAUAUUGGUUUUAUUGGCGUCACAUGUUUUGACGGCAUGUACAGGCAUUAAUAGUGGAAGAUUGGUAAACAUCAGCGAGACGGCAGAUAAUGAAACAGUUAUCUUACACGGAACACGGUCUAGCACGGACAAUAUACAAUAUGAAGUCAAGUCAGGGACAGUUGGACCAGAUCACUUAGACGAACUAAAAGGCUUCUUUGAUAUCAUUUUGCCAUCUAACACGACAUUUGAACUAGUGAACACAAAGCCGUUGGACUUGGAAUAUUUCGCGUUGACCUUUGGUGUCAAUGAUCUUCAAAACAUCGCGCUAAUGAUAACAUGCGGCUCUGCAACACCGUCGGAGAUAAAUAUCCGUGUGGAGGCUGUGAAUGAGUUCUGGCCGAGCUUUGAAGGCGCUCCAUACUCACGUAAUAUUACAGAGGACUUUCCGAUCUUUCAAGAUUUCUUCGACAUAUCACAGCGUGUAACCGACAGAGAUAAACCCGACACUGUGAACUUUUUCUAUGAAAUUCAACCCUACUUGAUUUCAGGGUACGGUGCGGAGGAGUAUUUUGAAAUGGUGGCGAUAACGAAUGGUCGUAUACGACGAAACGGUUCCAAGAUUUUGGAUUUCGACAGCAUGACACACCAUUCCAUAUAUUUAAACGUUACAGUUAAGGACUCACAAGGCCCUGACGCCCAUACGACGAGCGGUAUUGUCAACAUCACAGUACAGGACGUAGAUGACCAGAUCCCGUUCUGGGAGUACAAGGAUUGCCCCCGCCCAUGCACUGCACCCGCAUACACUGUCACCGUAUACGAGACGGACGCCAAGUCCCUGACACUCUACCCAGGGAACUUAAACGCUGGCGACCCCGAUACGUUGGGAACAAGGCUGGUGUAUUCCAUUACUUCAGGUCACAUGUAUAACAACCAACAGUUGUUCACCAUUGAUGGCUCAACGGGCGUUAUCACUCAGACGAAGUCCAUUCAGAACGCUCAGUUUCCGGGCGCCCUAAUCAGACUCGUUGUCGAGGUCCGUAAAGACUUAGCAGACAAGGACCUCAAGAAUAUUGCCAUAGUGAACGUAAAGGUAUAUGGACGAGUGUCCAACGAAACGGAUCCUAUGCUGCCUCCCAUCGGGGCCUCCAAGGAAGGCUCUACGACCAGUUUGCUGGUGCCCGUCAUUAUCUUGGGCAUACUUCUCGCGAUCAUUAUCGCGGCCCUUGUUGCUGUUGUCAUCCUGUACAGACGAAAGCAGCAGCAACUGACAGUGUCUCCAGAAGAUAAAUCAGUAGAGCCCCAAACAGAGGAGGAGGACCUGCACACGGACGGAGACAGCUACAGCGGCCGACCGGACACCAACUACAAGCACACAUUCGGUAACAAGACAACACGCAGCGUUACCGCCGACCUGCCUGAAAUCCCCGACUUCAAAGGCAUUCCAGCAGGUCGCCUGCCGCCUCUACCACUCAAGGACACCGGAACUGGAACUGUUGACACAGACAAACCCAAAAAGAAACGGUCAAGACGUCGAAACAAGAAUAAAGAGCCUGAGAUAUUUGAUGGUACAAAGGAGUACAAUAUGGGACUUGAUGCAGAGUUCUUUGAGUCUGGAGACAAAUCCAGAGUUAAGCGUUCCCAGAGGUCGUAUGACAAGAAAGUAGAUCCAGCCACUUGGAUUACUGUUCCGAACGAUCAGCCAAGUGAAAAGGCUUAUCAGAACAUAUAGAAAAAGACGCCUGCGCGCCCUUGAAACAUGGACGUUUAUUUAGUGUUUCUUUUCUUAGUGAUUAAUUACAUGUGUCGUGUGAAACCUUGUUACUGUGCAUCAAAGGUAUUGCCAAGUUACUGUUGUGGAUAUAUGUGGCUUCUACACAGAUUAUGUGUGGAGCAAAUGGAUGUGCACCAGGUUUCAAGACGACUUGAUGUGACUUAGGGUUGUUUCGUGUUGCUAGAUAUUAGCAUUAGCCUGAUUUCAUUGAGGUGCUUACAUAGCUAUCUAGGAUGAAACUGACUACAUUUCAAUUGAUGUAUAUUUUCGGGUGUUUCGUAGUGAGUACAGGUUUCAUAUCCUCAUUGCAUAGUUUGUAAAACUACUACAAACAUAACACAUAACAACUAUUUUGUCCUUACUUUAAAUAUGAUAUUUUAAUGCAUAAAAGCGCUGCUUAUGUCGACCUUUCAUUGAUCAUUCAAAAUAUAAGUGAUUAUAUUCAAAGUUGCAUUAUACUUUGUGAUAUUGUAUGUAUAUUAGGUGUCUUUCCAUAAGUGUUUGAAUGAAUAAGAUUUGAGAUAAGAUUUUAAUCUGUUUUUGUUUGAAGUCCUUCUCUUUUUAUUCAUUCGGAUCCGUUAUCAUUUGAAUAAUGAAAUAACAAAACGUAAUAUGCAUUUGUAGAAAAAGGCCUCCCUCCCGAAAUACAAAAUUGAUCAAUAUAUAUAUAUAAAUCAGAAUAUGAUUUUAUAGUGAAGUGCGACAUUAAUAAUACUAAGUAGAAAUAUUUCAAUAUUUUUCAUAAUGGCAUAAAUAUUUACAUACUGUUCAGACAGUAAUAAUAUCUUAAUUUAAACGAUUAAACUAUGUCUGGGCAAUGUUGAUUACUUGACGGUCUUUCACUGCAGCCAUCAUUCAUUCUGUAGAAUAAUUGUUCGUUGAGACAAGUUUUGAUCAUGAAGUUUUGUAAAUAAGAAAGUCUCACAGUCAUAAUGUGUAUCCAAGUUAUUAUACGCUUUUGUGUACGAAAACAAAUUUCAAGACAUACAUGGUGCAGAACGCAAACACUUACAUGUUUAACAAUUAGCAUAUUUGACUGUGGGGUUGUUGAACAAAGAGUUCCUAGUAAUGAAAUUGCUGGGUCCUGUUUCAAUAAAAAUCGUUAUGCUUAAAAUCUUUAAUUUCCAGGCUUAAUUCCGUGUUUUGCGUAAAUCAAGUUUCAAUGACAAUUAUCGUAAGAAAAUUUAUCGUAUUAUAAUAGAUUUUGCGUGAAUGCUUAGGAGUAUCACCGAGCGCUUUUAUACAGCGUAAGGUUAACGUCUAAGAUACCCUAAUAGAACGGAGCCCUGAACUCUAAUGUCAAUGAACAGGGCCGAUUUGAAUGUAAAUCCAGUCAAUUUAAUCCUGAUACAUGUUCAUAUCCUAGCACAUGUGUAAAUACUGGUUUGUUAUAUUAGAAGACCAAAUCAUUUAUGUUACAAAAUAUACAGUGAAAUGUUCAUUGUUUAAAUGCAUCAUGCCGAUAAAGCCGGCAAUCAUGGAUUUCUAUUAUAUUGUUGAAAACUUUUUUUAAUUCAAUAAAACAUUAUUAUAAGAUUG